GCCCUUUCGAUCAACACUUUCUCGCUUCAAGCAGCUGCAGCGACCGCCUACCACUCUUCAUAAAGAACUCGCCAAGACUCAUCCUAGUGUCGAGUUCUAAUCAAGCGAAUAACCCCAACUGUCAGGUCCCCCCCUCCCCCAUUCCCCUUGUUCGUUUUACCCCUCGUUAACUGUGGUACCAAAGCAGUGCAUCUACGUGUAUAUAUAAAAGCUGGCUAUCCAUCCAACAUCCCAUCCCUCCUCCUCUUCCUGCUCUCUUGUUCUCCACAGCCCUUGACACGUAAAACUUACCCUCUAUUGUGCAUCAUACAAUCGACUUUCUCCCCCAGACAACAUCCCUCACGCGUAUCCCCUCGGCAUCACACAGACCAUGAUCUUCUCUACUACCACCUACACCGCCAUCCUGGUCUCAGCCCUGGCCGUGUUCUCCUCCUACACCCCUCAGGCAGAGGCUCACUCCUGGAUGGACUGCGUCGACUGGAAAUUCAACAACCCCUCCAAGCCCGACUGGUCCGACAAGGGAGGCAAGUGCGUGGGCUACGCGCGCCGCUAUCCAAUCGGAAAGCCCUUCGCCUCCCUGGACAGCGCAGAUCCCUCGCGUCAUUACCAACAGGCGGGUAACCCGAACACAGCACUGCCUUGCUCCGAUCACAAGCACGGCAAGGACGUGGGCUCGGACGAGACACUGGCCCGCAUUCCUAGCGCAGCCUAUGGCGGCAAGUGGGGCCGUAUGACCAUGACCUCGGUCGGCGACACGCUGUGCGUUCGCUGGCCUGCCAAGAACCAUGCGGAGCACAACGAGGAUAACACGGUUGUGCAGAUUAACCUGUCCAAGAACAAGAACGGCGCGGAUCCGACCCAGCAGCAAUUGCUCCAGAACACGAUCGCUAGGUUGCCCUACAAGAACUGUGGAUCUGCCUCUACGCCCGAUAAACGUCCCUGCGGUGGAUGCUUCAAAGUUCCUGUCCGUGCUAGUGGUAUCUACCUGUUGCAGUGGAGGUGGAUGCUGAACCCCGGCGAGUGGUACACCUCUUGCGCCGAUAUUCAAAUUGGUGGAGAUUCUGGCGUCGCAGUCGGCGUGCACAACGUUGCCGCUCGUCGUCACUAAAGAAUCGCCCGGUUAUUCUGACCCCUGUAGCAGAACACGAGUAACCGACGAAACCCUCUUUUUUUCCAGUUCGUCCAUCUAUCUAAUUAACUAUACUGUUUCUGCUUGUUAUUACAUAUACUGGAGGCUUGUGAUUUUGCAUUUAGCCGUAGAAGCUCAUCCUUUCUAGAUUAACCACGAUUAAAAAACACACUAACGCGUUACGCGUACCCAUGAG